AUCACUCCGUAAUCGUAGAAUUUCGACACAUCACGCAUGGAUUAUGGGAUUCGGAUGUAAUUUGUUAGAUAUUUAUUAUUCUCAUCAAUUAUAUGCCUUCUUCAACCACUUCAGUUGCUAAACUUCCUGGUGAAGCAGAUAUGGUUGCCCCACCUCAUAGAAUAUAUAACAUACGAGGUUGUCGUGUUGUGACACUAACCUUCUUUGUCUUGUUCACUGCACUGUUAUUCUACGUCAGUUUUGCGGACGUUUCUAUUCCAAAACUAUUAUAUUUAACGCCUAAACAAAGCUCCUUGGCCGAGGUCCAUGGAAUUAUGUUUGAUGCUGGUAGUACGGGGAGUCGAAUUCAUGUUUUUACCUUUGUUAGAGGAAAAGGAGGACAACUGGAGCUUUCUAAUGAAUUUUUCCACGAAGUAAAGCCUGGUCUUUCUUCAUACGCUGACAAUCCAAAACAGGGAUCCCAGUCAAUUGAGAGACUUCUUCAAAAGUCAGAAGAUAUCAUACCAAAACAAAGAUGGAAAUACACCCCUGUGGCACUAAAAGCUACAGCUGGUUUAAGACUGCUUCCAUCAAAUUCUUCUAAACAAUUACUAGAGGAGGUGCGAAGAUUGUUUCAAGAAUCACCAUAUCAUUUUUCUCAAGAGAGUAAUGUUGACAUUAUGGACGGACCUGAUGAAGGGCUGUUUGCUUGGAUUACAGUUAAUUUUUUGUUAGGUGGCCUUAAAAGUGAUGAUUCAAAACUAUUUGGAACCUUGGACCUUGGUGGUGGAUCAACACAAAUCACACUGUGUCCUGUUCAUCAGGAAACUCUUCAAGAAGCUCCUGUGGGAUUCCGAAGAUAUCUAACAAUAGCCAAGAGAAAGUUUCCUUUGUACACUCACAGUUAUCUAGGUCUUGGGCUCAUGGCAGCAAGAACAGCCAUAUUAGAGUCAGGAACAGCUGGGAAUGGUGUAGAUGUCAAACUCAGUCCGUGUAUACAUUACAACUUCAGAGGAAGCUGGAAAUUUGGCAUUCACAAAAGUAUUGAAAUUAGUGGUGACAGUAGAUAUGGAUAUUCUGGAUGUUUGGAGGAUGCCAAGAAAGUUCUGGCUAAAUUCCAAGUUCAUAAACCAGUUGGAAUUGACUCAAUACAGAUGUAUGCCUUUUCAUACUACUAUGACAGAGCAGUGGAUUUGGGGCUAAUUGACUUAGAGAAGGGUGGAACGAUCACUGUUGGUCAAUUUAAAGAGGGUGCCGAACAAGCUUGUUCCAAUGAAUCAAAGACGUCGCCAUACCUCUGCUUGGAUUCCACUUACAUAGUAGCUCUUUUAAUGGAAGGAUUUGGUUUCACAGAAGAAAGAAAACUGACUCUUAAAAAGAAAAUCGAUGGUGUUGAAGUAAGCUGGGCCCUAGGUGCUACUCUUGAUCUUUUUGACAAAAUGACGUAACGUCAAGUCGAGUCAGGAAACUUUUCCUCAUCGAGUGGUUGAGCCGAGUUCGUCUUGCUGUUCCGCAAAUAAUAGUUGCUUUCAAUUGAAUUGAACGAUAUUUAAUGGUAAAGAACAGCCACAAGGUGUAUUUGUAUUUCAAAUGUUACCAAUGGGGACUUAAUCGUUCAGGCAAGGAAUUGUUUUGCACAAUAGGAAUAACGAACACUUCAAAUCCA